AUGACGGGCAUGGCCGACAACCACCGGGAGAGCUGGGCGGGGCUGGUGGCGGAGGCCGAGCGGUACCGGCGCCGGACGGGGAACGAGGUGGUUCUGAUCACGGCGUACCGGGCCCCGCAGCCGGGCGGCUUCGCCUACACCCAGCACGGCUGCGGGGCCCUGGGCGACGCCGCCCGCCGCUACCUGGAGGACAUCGCCGUGGUCCACAAGACCACGGCUUUUACCUACGCCGCCCGGCCCCCGCCCGCUCCCCGGCCCCCCCCCAGCCCCUACUCCCGCAGCUGCCCCCCCCAGGACCCGCCCGCCAGCCCCCACUGGACAGCGGGUGCCCAGGGAGCCCCGGCCGAGGCCGCGGGGGGGCAGGAGGAAGAGGAGGAGGAAGAGGAGAAAAACGUGCCGGCGCCCAGGGAGAUGGAGGCACCCGGGAAGCAGCAGCCCCCCAGCGACACCACAGGUCUCUUUGUGAUGGACGAGGACUCUCCCAGCCAGGACUACGAGCCCUUCUUCGAUUCGGACCCGGAGAGCACUGACGACGGCAGCCUGAGCGAGGAGGCGCCUGCCCAGCCCCCGCCCGCCCCCCCCAACCACCAGUACGCCAAGUCACUGCCCGUCUCCGUGCCCGUCUGGGCCUUCCGGCAGCCGGGGCUCGAGCAGCGCUCGUCCGACGAGGAGAACGCCAAGCACUCAUCCCCCGACCUGGAGAAGAUUGCGGCCAGCAUGCGGGCGCUGGCCCUGCGCGGCUCCGACGGCACCGAGAUGUUCGGGGACCUGCCCCGCCCCCGCCUCAACACCGGGGACCUCCAGAAACUGCAGCGGAAGUAUUGA